UGCGUCUGCGUCAGUUAUCCUUGGGCUAGCACACACAGCGAACAUGUUGACGAACAGCGAGGAGCACUUUAUCGAGCACUUCUACUACAGCGCCGAGAGUCUGGAGGCGGCAGCGGACUCGCUGGCCGUUGGCAAUUUGCAGGAUCAGCUGGAGCAGCUGAUGAACCAGCAGCAGGAUAGGGAUUUUAGUGGCAGCGCGGACAGUCUGUCCGAUGGCACCAAUAGCUGCUCCCUGGAGCUGUACUAUGACACGCCCGCGGUGCUGGAGCUGGAGCAAAUGCUCAGCGCGCAGACCCAGCAGCAACAGCAAAUGGGCGCCUCCAAGUUCCAGACAAAGGCCGCCAAAUACUGGCACAAGACGGCGCGCAACAGACCCUACGAUGCCAGCAGCAGCAGCGCCUAUCCCAGCGCAGCUAGCGAGGAUCAGGAGGAGCGCGACGAUUGCGCGCCCGAUGUCCUGCGCAAACGUCGGCUGGCGGCCAAUGCACGCGAACGCCGCCGGAUGAACAGCCUCAAUGAUGCCUUCGACAAGCUGCGGGAUGUGGUGCCAUCGCUGGGCCAUGAUCGACGGCUCUCCAAGUACGAGACAUUGCAAAUGGCGCAGGCGUACAUUGGGGAUUUGCUCACGCUGCUCUCCAGGGACUAUUGAGUGGAUGAUGGUGGCUGGUGAGGGGUAGCUGCGGGAGGCAAUGCAACCGGGACGUGUUGGAGCAACACUCGAACCUAGUGUCAACUUUAAAAGGCUGUUAGUUCUUAGGCUUAGCUGCUAAACUAUUUAAUUAAGAUUUAAUUUAAA